AAUUCGAAUCGGCGUCGGAUGCCUGCUAUUACGCGGAAGAGGGUGCCUGCACACGUGACGCAGGUGUGGAAGAACAGCACCCAGUUCCAGGAUCUGACGCCAGAGGAGCUGCGUACCAUCCUGGAGGGCGACCGGCUCCACUCCCCCGACGAGGUGGUGGACACGUUCGGCGCAGUCCUCAAGUGGACCUUUGCCGACGUGGACGAGAGGAAGGCCUGCCUCGCCAAGUUCCUGCCACUCGUGCGCUUCGCACGCUGCUUCAUCACAGACUUCGAGAAAGCCGCCACUCACCCACAAGUACUGGGCGACGGAGGCAGCCUGAAGGUGAUGGACGUGAUCCACCAGACGCUCACCCGCCAGUCCAUGGCGAUGGGCGUAGUUGCCGGCGUCGACCUGUCCCCGAAGCUGUGGCUCACGCCUCGCCUGCCAAAGGACGGCGGCUGGACAGCGGGCGCGAACAACCUGUUCACGUACAACUGCCGCGCCUUCAGGCGGCGCGUCAUGAGCAAGCAGUACGCUGCGUCCAGGGCGUACCACGGCGCCGCAUUGGUCGACAAGUGUAUCUACUUCGUGGGCGGCUUCGACGACCGCGAUUGCUGCCACUCUGUCGUCUGCUUGGGCGUGCCGCUGGCCAGACGGAGCGCCAGGGCGAACAUGGCGUUCGGGCGCUGCUACGUCAGCGUCGCCGUCCUCCAGGGCCAUGUCUACGCCAUGGAAGACUUCCACGGCCACACGCGCACAAACACGGUGGAGCGGUACGACGUCGAGACAAACCGGUGGUCCAUGGUGGCCAGCAUGAACGACGUCCGCAGUGACGCCAGCGCCGCCGUAGCUGCAGGACGUAUCUACAUCAUCCUAGGCUUAGGCCUCCGCCACAUAUCAGUCGUGCGGCGCGGAGCAGCACGAUCGUUCCUCGCAAACUGCAAGCCUGCCGUCGCCUUUCCGGAAACCGUGAAUCGUGAUGCGCCACAAGUGACCGCGGUGUCGAAUGGCGUAAAAUAAUUGACGCCAAGAAAAAAGCAAAAAAAUACAUGUGCCCUUCAUCACUCUUUUAUUACUCUCGCAUUAGACAACGAAUAAAAAAAUGGGGAUAUGCGAAA